CAUCACUCAUUUCAAAAUUUGUUACAUACGAGAGUUUACGUAACAGUUUUUGUACUUCGCAUUCUACAACGAAGCGAUUUGUAUGUAGGUGAGGUUGUGAAUUUUCACCUGUUCACCUUCGGACAAUAAUUAAUCGCCAAUGUGUAAAUUGCUAAACAAUGGAUUUUAGCAAAAUGGUGUUUGUGUGGAUUUUGGUGCUGUGUCUAGUACAACUCGGUGCCUCGCUGGACUGCUUCUCGUGUACAACUCUGAAGAGCAACAAGUGCCAGGAUACCUUUGAGAAGCAAACGGCCGAAACCGUGAGAUGCGACGAACCAGGCUACGGUUGUAUGAAACAAAUUGUAUCCGCCACAGGUCAGCAACCCAGAACGACACACAGAGGAUGCACACCACAAUUGUACUGCGAUUCGCUGAAGGGAAUUUCUGAUCACUGUUCGGUCUGCGAUACGCAGCUCUGCAACUCGUCUUCGCCAACGGGACUGUCGCUACUGAUUGGCUCCAUUAUCUUAAUUGCAGCGUGGUUGAUAUAGAACUUUAGUUAAUUGAAACUAAUUUAUUAAACUUUUGUACGUCUUUGUUACUACGUCCUAGCAUAACAUCUAAUGCAAUAAAUUCCAUUAUCUCGCUAG